GGACCACUUACGACUUACGAGGGCUCCACUACGUCGUUGAUUGGUCAACAAAACGUUCUUCACCACCGCUUGCGGUUCUUUCACGGUAAAAGAUCAGAUCCCUAUUUGUUUCCUUCUCCAUUAAGAGUUCCCUCGCCACUGUGGUCCGCGGAUCUCUCAUAAUAUCUCUCUGUCUGUGUUCGACAUCACGAGCACCAGCUGAAAAUGCCGAGUCGCUGCGAAAUGCUCUGCGAGAUAAUCCUCGCCAUCGUCCUCCCCCCCGUGGGCGUCUGUUUCCGCCACGGUUGCUGCAGCAUUGAGUUCUUCAUCUGCUUGGUCCUGACUAUUCUUGGUUACAUUCCUGGAAUAAUCUAUGCUCUCUAUGUCAUCGUGUUUGUGGAUCGCGACCAGUACUUUGAUGAAUACAGGCGUCCUCUCUACGCCUAGUCCCGGCAUUCUCCUUGCUUCUAUGUACGCUUUGAUGACGUUUUAUCAAACUGAUGUCUUAUGUAUUGUUUAAACUUGUUUUGAUAUGAUGCGAUGAAUAUGAUAUUGGUUCACUUGGAUGGAGGAUUUAAGCCUUA